AGGAAAACGAUAACGCUGCGUCGCUUUGAAUAACGUUGGCACGUAGUUUGCUGGACCGAAAUGCUAAAAAUGAGACUCAAAUUUUAUUUGGCAAUUGCGACGGUCAUUUUUUUGGUGGAACUCCCGAGAGCGAGUAGUACGGGUGAGGAACAUCUGCGCGCGGUGAUUAUUUUCUUUAGGCAUGGAGAUCGGGCGCCUGUGUCCCUGUACCCGACGGAUCCAUACAACAAAACCUUUUGGCCUAUGGGUCUUGGGCAGUUGACUAAUCUUGGCAAAGUGCAAGUGUACGAGUUAGGGAAAUGGUUGAAGGAGCGAUACGGUGGUUUACUCACAGUCCGCGAAUCAUACGUUCGCUCGACGGAUUACGAUCGCACUUUAAUGUCAGCCGAAUGCUGCCUCGCUGGGCUAUUUCCACCAGAUCCCAACCAAACGUGGAAUAGCGAACUGAACUGGCAACCGAUUCCAGUCCACACCACCCCCUUGGUUAAUGACGCUGUGCUUGCGAUGGAAGUUCCCUGCGAGCGACACAGAGAGCUUUAUCAGUCCCUUGUGAGCAAUGAUCUAGACGAAGGCACCGAGGAGUUGUACGACUACAUUACCCAAAAUGCUGGUCGUCCAGUUCACAACCUCCGAGGGUUGCAGGACAUAUACGAUACACUCCACGUGGAAGACCUGCACAAUCUAACCCUCCCUAACUGGACGAAAAAAGUCUACCCGGAUCAACUGAGGAAGUUGGCAUCGUACGAGUUCACCCUCUCCACUAACACUACUCAAAUGGCACGGUUGAAGACGGGCCUCCUCUUCAACGAAAUCUACCACAACAUCAACGACGCCUCUUUUAAUUCGAAACCGGCAAUGCGCAUGUAUUCGGGUCAUGACACGACCCUCGCCAAUCUCCUGAACACUUUGCAAAUCUUCGACCCCCACUCUCCACCCUACGGCGCCGCACUCCUAUUCGAAUUACGUUCUAAAAGUGACGAGCUGUACGUCAACGUGGUCUACAAGAACUCCACCACGCCGACGAAUAUCACUCUGAAGGACUGCGAGUUCGACUGUCCUCUGGAGACGUUCAACAAGAUCCUGGACGAAAUUCGCUUGGAUUACGAAGACUGGGUCUUGGAGUGCACCAUGCCGCUACGCAGUAGCCGCAGCACCGCUCAAAGUGCUCUUUUUGGUUUUUUCAUCACAAUCCUGCUGUUAUCGCUUUUUAUGUACGGCAUUUUAGUCGUGUGCAAUAUCAGAAGUCGAAGUAAUUAUGUAAAAAUACCCGAAAUGGAGAAUUAUCUCUGAUAAAGUUGUUAAC